GCUGUGCACUGAGCCGUGAAAUGGAAAAUCACUGUGGAACAGGCUUUACUAGGUCGACGUGACCUGAUAGUUGUCCUGCUUGCCUACCAAGAGCAUGGAAUAACAGGCAGAUGUUCCUGCGUUGCCUGGAGAAAGUGUCCAGGAGAUCCCAACUAGCAGCACACUUUCCGGGCAGUGGUGGAUCAGAGGACAAAACAAGCAGCAGAGACACGGUUUCCAGCAUCAUCAUCAUGAAGGUACCUGCAGUGGUGCUGUUGAUCCUGGGCUCUGUUCACCUGGCCUCUACAGACACCCACUCUCUCACCAUGGUGGCUACGUUCAUAUCUGGAGAGACACAGUUCCCAGAGAUCACUAUGGUACUAUUGGUCAAUGAUGUUCCUGUGGAAUACUAUGAUAGUGACAUAAAGAAGAUUGUUUCUCGGAGACAUUGGAGGGCAAAUGACUCCAUACAGGAAACUGAUCUCAGAGAUUAUGUGGUUGCAGUUCUUUACAGUGGCAUGAAAACCUCAUUAAAUACAAUGAUGAAGCGCUCAAAUCAAACUCAAGGAGCUCAUGUUUAUCAGAGCUUCACAGCCUGUGACCUGGAGAAUGAUACACUGAGUAGAUUUUUCAUUAUGUCAGCAUAUGAUGAAGAAGAAAAAUAUCAAUAUGAUGCCCUCAGUCAUAUACAGAAUACAUUUGUGCCAGAGUUUGUCUGGAGCAAAGUAAAAAGUGACAUCAGAAAACAUAUUUUCUCAAGUAUCUACCAGCCUCUGUGUGUGAGGACACUUAGGAGAUACCUGCAAGAGGACAAGAACAUACUACUGAGGAAAGAGCGUCCCAGAGUGAGGGUCAUACAGAAGACAGAGCCACACAGCGGAAGGACACAGGUGAGCUGUGUGGCCACCGGCUUCUACCCCCGACGCGUCAACAUGACCCUGCUGAGGGACGACCGGCCCGUCCCAGACCGGGAGCUCACGGGAGGACAGGUGCUGCCCAACGGAGACGGGACCUACCAGCUGAGAAGGAGUCUGAGUGUCAGUGAGGAGGAGCUGAGAGAGAGACACCGCUACACCUGUACUGUGUCGCACCUGAGUGUGGACAACAAGCUGGACGUCAACUGGGAACCAGAAGCUCCUGCAGACCCUGUGCUCAUCAGUGCAGUUCUCAUCGCUGUCCUGGUUCUCGCUGCACUCAUCAUCACAGCCAUUGUCCUCUGCAGGAAGAGAAGACACACUGAGAUCAAGAACUUGUGUCCAUCAGCUGUUGGUGUGAAAUACGCUGCAGCCCAGAGUGAGUACCACACCUGUGUGAAUGUACACUAGUAACACACGUAGAGUAUAAAGGGCUCAAUGUACCUGACACCUGUCUGUGGGAUUCCCACUGCUCUGUCCCUCUAUGUCCUCAUCGCUCAGUUUGUCCUCUUGACUCCCAGUCACAGACCAGGUGUGUUGAAGGAGAGCCUUAGAUGUCCUCUUGUGUCCCAACU